AUGAAAAAUCUCGAAACUGCAGAGUUCGUAUGCGGCCUUGAAGGCACAGACGUCACUCUUGAUCCACCACCCGAGCCGCCUCUCCACCUGGCCCACCAAACCUGGGUGAUUGAGACGAAGCUUUCUGAACGAUCUCAGCCGAUGACGCAGGAGGACGUUAACGAUGGCCUUGGACUCCCGUUUGCAGCUGCUAAGUUUCUCUGUUAUCCGAAAGAAACUCCUACUAAGAAGGCCUUUAUGCGGAUUUAUCUUCAAAUUCCUGUCGCUGGCAUUCAAUAUGAAAGCCGCCAGAUUCGACAAGAGCAGGCUGCUAAGCCACAGCCACACGUUGAGUUAACAACUUUGAAAGCGCUUAAGGAAUUUGAAUGCGAUGUUGUCCCUGACCUCCUUGCUUACCAAGAGGGAAAGCAAAGCGAAGAAAGCAUCGUCCCGGGAGGUUAUAUCACUUAUGUGGUCUGGGACAAAGUCCCGGGAGAGCCCCUAAACGCAGAAGAAUUUUGGGAGCAAGAUUUCAAGUCACGCCAAGCGAUCCGGAACAAAUUUCGUGAAGCCUUUCCAAAGCUGAAGAAGUAUGGUUACCUACCGCGUAUGUCAACCAUGUCGAAGAUCAUCUACGAUAAGGCAACCGGGGAUAUGUACAUUCUAUCCGUUAUUGAGUAG